AUGCUUCACGAUUCAAAGACGAAUUUGUUCUUCUACGCUGCUGCUAUUCGCCGUUCUUCACCGUUCUCCCCGCCUGGGAGAGAAGAGUACAAUACGAGGCCACCAGAGAUCCAACCCGAUUUCACGACCAAGGUGGCCUCAAGACGGGAGGGGACUGAUUCGAACUGUGACGGGACAUCCACGCAGCUCCAGCGCCCCCAGACAAACCAGAGCCCAGCAGCAUGGAUACUGGAACUCCCUGCCCCCUCUUCCCGGCGCGAACCGUUCGAGACUAAGCAUGCAGGUACAGUGGAGCCCGGAGUGCUGGAUGGGCAGCGGCCCCUAUGGUGGCCGUUGUUCCAUUUCCAGACCACCGGGCAGGAAGGGCCGACCCCCUGGCCCGGUACCAGAUCCCGGCGGCCCAUGUUUUGGGGCCCGGGCGAGGGCCCCAUGAAGGACCCAACCCUGCUCGAGUGGUACAGCCGGGGAUGGCGGCCCGGGGGGGUGGGGGCGGAGACUAGCGACCCGGCCCGACCGGGAGGUAUCAACAGAGGAAGCACAAUGCCUCUUCGCGAAUGCAUCUUACAACAGCCCAGGCCGCGCUCCCUCUGGAUGAGCGACUUGAUCCGUCUGUUGGGCUGCCAGAUGCAUCCCGCCCGGCAUCACCACCUAGACUGGGAUGGGGGGGGGGGUCUGGUACGACGAUCAACGAUCAACCAAGAGCCGGGCGAAGGUGGAUCUCCAAUGUUCAUCCGUCCAUCCAUGCCCCAUGCCCCAUGCUCCGGUACAAGCAUGCAGGAAGAUGCAUGA